AUGGUUGGUUUUGAGGAAGUGAUGGGAGCGGAUGGAAAGAGGCCACCGGCCAUCACCGUUAUCCCAGCAGUUACUGCAGAGCAAUUUGUUGAUGAAGCUGCAACACCGGUAAAAAAUUAUGUGGAUGUCCCAAACGUCUCCAAAUACGAAAAGUCGAAAGUCAUGUAUGGUAAUGCUGGAAGAGAAGACAACAAAAUAACAAAAAGUGGAUACGCCGUCAAUGUCAAAGCAGUGCUUUCUGAAUAUAGAAAAAGACGAGCUAGCGAAUACGUAGGUGAGCGUGUUACACCAUCGCCUUAUGGAUAUUCGUACGCACAACCAGAAGAGCAGAUUCCAGCGCUUCUAGAGCAGGGAUAUUCUGCCAGUGAAGCUCCUCCUGUAAAGCCUGCUGGUUACAGAAGGAAAAGACUGACUAAUCCGUAG